AUGGUGCUCUCCCUUGCACCCACGUCGCUGGCAGACCUAGCAAGAGACGCGGCGGCUGGCGACAUAGUCAACGAAUACCUCGACGCCAGAGGGAUCAAGACUCCGGCCACUUUGGCCCUUCUGAGUCGAGACGAAGACAACCUCGACCUCACCCUGAUACAGCCUCUCCUACAGGGCUGGCCUAGACCAGAUGGCACGACCAUCACCGUGCGAGAACAGGACAAGCCCAUUGCCAAGGCGGUAUUGCUGCACAUGUGGAUGAUGGCCAAGCAGGUAUGGGAAGCGACACAACAUGCAGCCAUGCCGAAGGCCACACCGACCCAGAGCACGUCUUCCACGGCAGCCUCAACACCAGCCGAGGACAAGGUCCCCAAGGCACUGGCUCCAGGACGUUGGACAGCACUGGUGCAUGAAUACCAGUCACAGCAGAUCGGAGGCCAAGACAGAGUCUUCCCAGUCCAGGAGUUACUGGGGACAGAAGCUGUCAUCGCCCGGGUCCUACACGAGCAUGAGACCAGCAAGAACUAUACCCCAGUGUUGCUGGGGGAGCUGAUCUCGACCAGGACCUUUCAGGCCAAUGGUGAGCCGAACCCUCUCGCAAAGAGAGAGCGCAAUGUGACCAAGCUCACAUUGACAGGUGAGCAACUUGUGGCCACCCCUGAGGAACCGUGGCAACCUCGGAGCGUCCUUGCCAUCCUGGACGGCUUGGCGAGCAUUCGAUGGUGCUUCAUCCUAUGCAAGCUGGGCACCGAGCAGGCGGUCCACGCCUUUUUCGAUUGGCUGGUCAGGUUGGUCCGCAGCAGACCACAGAAGACGGACCAGCUUGCGCAGUUCUGGAUGACGGUCUCCUGGAAGCUGGCCCUUGAGAUGAGAGGAGGCCGCACGUUCAUGGAGGCCACGGCGCUCAUCAUGAAGGACUAUGAUUCUUUCACUGAGUGCAUGAGUCGUGAACCCAGCCAGACCACCAAGAAGCCCAUGACAUCAGCCCCUGCCAAGGCUGAAACCAAGGGUUAUGGCAAAGGUAGCACAAAGUCAGGGAAGGGCACGAGACCUUCUCCUUACAGCCGCCCUACAAAACAGGGGACAUGGCACAAGGACGACGGCUAUGACAGAGCCGCCCACCCAUGGCAGGGAUCGCAGAAACAGGAUGACAAGCCGAGGUGGCAGAAGGAGCCCUGGUCUUCCGAUUGGAAGACGCCACAGGUGGAUCUCGUGACACCCGACAGCACUGGGUACCCGCCACCCAGCCAACCACCAACGGCCGAGCGAGGCCAAGUUUUCCAGAAGUUAAAUGAGGAGGUCAUCCUUGUCAGCCGUUUCGACGGCAUUGGGUCUGCUGCUUUGAUCCUCAAAGGGCUGGUAGCAGCCAUUUCGCUGCACAUUGUAUGGGAGGUGGACAGCGAUUGUAUGGAAGUGCUGAAGGCCCGUCACCCAGAGGCGGUGACCCGGGGCGAUUUUCUCAAAGAUGACCCUGAUGAGGUCGCCAGAGUGAUACACCGCCAUGACCCUGAGGGCACCAAGCUGGUGCUCUUAGCUGCUCCCCCAUGCCCUGACUUCUCACGCAUUCGUGCAGAUGCACCAGGCUCAGCAGGUGAAGAAGGCCACAAAUUCACAGCAUACUGUGAAUUUAUCAGGAAGGUGGAGAUGGGCAUACCUCACAGGAGGAUAGGCCACCUUACCGAGAACGUGGUGAUGGACAAGGGAGAGGCUGACCAUUUCUCCAGCCUCCUGGACUGCAAUGCGAUCUUGUCUGACGCGCAAGACUUCGGCCUCAUCAACCGCCCUCGUUUGUGGUGGACAAGAGUGAACUGGAGCAGCAUCCGGACAAAUCCCAUCACAGGGAAACGGUUACGGUUGUCCAAGAGCCAAAAAUACCACCGUCUCCAUCACGACACCACGUUCCAGGAGGAGACGGAUCUCCAGCUGGAAGGCCUUCGACUUCACAAUGCGGUGGCAUCUCAUGACAAGCGCAUCCCGUGUCUGACAACUCCAGCACCAUCGGACGAUGGCAGACCAGCGCCGAAGAAGCUGAAAGGGAAGAUAGACCCUGAACAGAAGGCGCGAUGGAUGAAUGAUUGGCGGCUAUUUGCUCCAUGGCAAUACUCCAAGGAGGCUCUUCUCCAUGCAGCCGAUGGGAGCAUGGUGGUCCCGCCCCCGGAAGCCAAGGAACAGCUGCACCAGCUGCCGAAAUGGUAUACGUCCGUCCCGGGAGUGUCGGAGAAAGCCAGACACAGAAUGCUGGCAAACGGUUGGCACAUUGGAUCAACACGGUUCAUCAUGAUGCUGGUCCUCCAAUCCAUGUUGAUGGUGACCGCUUCGUCACCCGUGCCACAGCCACGGCACACCGCGCUUCAGACCAUGCUGACCUUCCUGCAGCCAACGACACCGCAUCUGGGCCCAGGGACAUGGCCCAGCGAAGCAACGUGCGUGGCCCAAGCCGGGUCGAUGUGGGAGCAUUGGCAGAUGGCCGUGGCUUCCAGUCACCCAGUACAACGGCCCCCUCGGCUGGAGCCGGGGCUACAGCAAUGUGUGGACCUCCGCGGCAUCAUUGGAGGCAGCCUCGCACGCAUGAGGACAGAGAUAGUGGACGAGAUCGAACAGUGGGCCCUCGACAGCAUGGAUGCGACCGAGACCUGGUGGAAGUCACUUCCACCUCACGUGGCCCAGGUGUACUUCAACAAAGACCACAACCAAAUCUCACAGAUUCCACUUCUGUUGCGAUUGCUCGACCUGGCCAAGAUGCCAGGCCUUCCAGAGCUCACAGAAGACCUCCAGUCAGGGUUCCAGGUGACUGGCGAAUUACAUGCGGGAGCGGGCUGGCUCCCACAGGCUGACAGCAAGUAUGAGUUCCCAACGUCGGCCGAGACCUUCAUGAAGCACAACCAACACUAUACCAGAGCCAAACUGCGCAGCAAACGCGUGGAUCCAGAAUGGUCAUCCAUGUUGGAUGAACUGCGCUCUGAGCUGAAGAAGGGCAGAAUGUCAGGACCCUACCGAGCUCCUGAUUGGUGGCCGACUCAGACCACGACCAUCGACGAGAUGCCCUUGCUCCAGCUACCCAUUCAGAACAUCUGCACCAGCUUUUGUUUUAGUGUGGUCCAAGCCGACAAGAUCCGGCGGUGCGAAGAUUUCCGUCGGUCAGGCCACAAUGCAACAGUUGUGGCGUAUGACGUGCCACACCACCAUGACAUCAGAACGUUCACUGACCUGGCAUUGUCGGCCCCACAGGGAGGAGACACAUCUCUGGUUUGGGCCCAGGACCUGGACGGAGCAUACAGACAGUUUCCAGUACGUGACCCAACAGAUUGUUUCUGUGUCCUCAUGACACCCAGAGGGCCAAUACUCCUUCAACAUCAUGCGAUGACCUUCGGCGCAGUGAGCUCAGUUUGGAACUUCAACAGGGCUGCAGACGGCAUCAUGUUUUUGAGCCGCCGUCUACUGGCGACGCCGCUGGGACACUACGUCGAUGAUUUCAUUGGCGUUGAGCCUUCAGCCCUGGUACACAGCAGCUUCUCAGAGUUCACACGCCUUAUGAGGGUACUUGGACUCCGCAUGAAAGAAAGAAAGGCUCUACCACCAGCAGCCCGACAGAAAGUUUUGGGCAUCAAUAUGCACAUCACAGAGGACGAGGUGAUUUUGUCGCCACACCCCGAACGAUGCGACAAGGCCAAGAAGGUCAUCCAGAAUGCAUUGGAGACCAACAGACUGACAGAUGAGGCAGCUCACCGACUCGCAGGAAAGUUGGUUUUCCUGACCUCAACUCUGUUCGGCCAAUUGGGUCGCGCAUCACUCCAACCGCUCUACGCAAGAGCGCAUGGACUUUCAGAGGGCGACCAUGACGGCCAACUGAACGGACCACUCAGAUCGGCACUACGAUCGCUGAUGAAUCUUCUUCGAGAGAUCCAACCCAGGGUGAUCCCCAAGCAGAUGGACCAAAGUUGCAUCGUCCUCUAUUCAGAUGCGUACUUCGCGAUUGAUGGCACACACCACUCACCAGGAUCCAAGACUAUCCCGAAACAUUGGCACAAGACAAAGUGCCAUACCUAUGAGAAUGGUUGGGGAGUGGUGAUUCAUUUCGAAGGCAACACUUGGUUUUCCUCCGGAAGCUUACCUUCACGGCUCAUCAAGAAGUUUUGUACCAGGAAAGCCUACAUCUACUUCCUCGAGAUUGCUGCCCAACUCAUGGGAUUCUUGACCUGCCGUCAAUUGCCCUCGAACCUGGUGAUGUCCUUCAUUGACAACACGGCAGGCUUCUUUGCCUUGAGGAAAGGCUAUUGCCGAGACCCUGCCAUCUGCAAUGUCCUGGCAUUGGUAUGGAGGAUCAUCGCCCUCGACGGCUGGCACUUACAUCUCGAAUGGGUCCAGUCCAACCUGAACAUCAGUGACAGCGUCUCUCGCUUCCAGUAUGACGAGAUGCAGAAAAUCAACGCCAAUUGGACGGAAAUACCAGUGGAAGGCAUCUAUGACAUUCUGGCACGCGUGGCAGUCGAUUCGGACUAUGCUCACGGGAAAGCACUCAACGACAUGAUCGCGAUCCAACCUGCUCCACUCACUAUGACUCACACUGGAGGAAUGGGGAACUGGCGCCAGUGUGGGAGAGAUCCAGCAGCAGCUCCAGCUGUCAAGCAGACAGGACCAGCUGUCACAGAGCACCCCAGGCCAAAAGAACCAGUGCGAGCAGCUUUCAAGUGA